AAUAUCAACCAACGAUCAAUAAACCACCAUGGCGCCCAUUAACGAGGAGUUGUUUGAUGAAGAUGAUACCCUUCUUAUCAAUCCAUACGAGGUUCUCGGAAUCGAGAAAACCGCGACAGCCAAUGAAGUCAAAUCCGCAUACCGCAAAGCAGCGCUGAAGAACCAUCCAGACAAAGUCCCAGCCUCAGACAAAGAAUCCGCAACCAAGACCUUCCAAACCAUCGCCUUCGCCUACGCCGUCCUCUCCUCCCAAACGCGACGUGCCCACUACGACCGCACCGGCUCUACCUCCGAAGCCAUAUCAUCAUCUGACGACUUCUCCUGGUCUUCCUUCUACCGCGCACAGUACGAAGAUGUCGUCUCUGACGCGGCCAUUGAGGCUUUCGCUGCAAAAUACAAGAACUCGGAAGAGGAGAAGGACGAUGUGCUUGCUGCUUACGAGAAGGGGAAGGGCGAUAUGGAUGUAGUCUAUGAGAUGGUCAUGCUGAGUAAUGUGGUGGUGGACGACAAGAGGUUCAGGGAGAUCAUCAAUGCUGCUAUACAAGAGGAGAAGGUCGAGGCAUACACCAAGUUUACGAAGGAGUCGGAGAGCUCGAAGAGGAAACGCACCAAAGCAGCUAAGGACGAGGCGAACGAAGCGAUGGAGUGUGCGGAGGAGCUGGGGAUCAAGGAUAAGCUGUUUGGUGGGAAGAAAUCUAAGAAGGACGAUGGACAGGAUGGAUUGAAGGCGCUGAUUAUGAAGAGGCAGCAGGAUCGCCAGGAGCAGGGUGAGGGGUUUUUGGAUAGGUUGGCGGCGAAGUAUGCGGAGCCGGAGAAGAAAAAGAAGGGCGGGAAGGGGAAGAAGAAUAAGGCAGAAGUGGAUGAGGGGCCAACCGAGGAAGAAUUCCAAAAGGCCUCAGCACGGCUGGGGGGGAAGACCCGAGGCAAGACGGACGAUGACGACAAGAAUACCGAAGGAAGGAGGUCGAAAAGGGUAAAACGGUGAUAGCACUGGGGAUGAUAGUACAGGGUAGCUGAGCUCCGCUGUCAUGCGGGAGGUGUGGCGGUGCAUUAUAGGGCGUUAAGUAGCGUUGAGGGAAUUGGCAUUGGGGGCAGGGCAUGGGGGGUGGAUUCAAAGCCAUCUGAGACGGCUUAACCCUACAGGUAAAGCCAAAGAGCUUUGCAGGAGCUAAGACUCAAGCUCUUUUUUAUUGUUUCUAGCUUGGGAAUAUCUCUCUCAUAGAGACUCGGGCUCAGGAUAGGGACUUCAAUUAUUACAUUUGCCCAAAAUUGAGUCAACGGCGGUGUUUAUGUGUGAAUGUGAUGGGCUCUCUUAAACUUUCCCACCGUAUAAUCAACAACGGCUGGAACCAUCGACUUCAACUACAUCAGUAUAUACGUG